GGGUGAACAGUGGUGAUGUUCAAGACUUUGUUCUUUCCUCAGGCGGCAGAUGAGCCUGCCUACCUGACAGUGGGAACUGAUGUCAGUGCCAAGUACCGAGGGGCCUUCUGUGAGGCAAAGAUCAAGACCGUGAAGAGGCUGGUGAAAGUCAAGGUAUUGCUGAAACAGGAUAACACAACACAAUUGGUGCAAGAUGACCAAGUAAAGGGUCCUUUAAGAGUCGGAGCUAUUGUUGAAACACGGACAUCUGAUGGAUCCUUCCAGGAAGCUAUUAUCAGCAAGUUGACAGAUGCUAGCUGGUAUACCGUGGUGUUUGAUGAUGGCGAUGAGAGAACUCUGAGGCGCACCUCGCUUUGCCUGAAAGGGGAGAGACAUUUUGCCGAGAGUGAGACGCUUGACCAGCUUCCUCUAACAAACCCAGAGCAUUUUGGAACACCAGUCAUUGCAAAGAAGACAAACAGAGGGAGGAGGUCGUCACUUCCUAUCACUGAAGAUGAAAAGGAGGAGGAAAGCAGUGAGGAGGAAGAUGAAGAUAAACGGCGUCUCAGUGAUGGAUUGUUAGGAAAGGUUGUACGUGUGACCUCUACAGUGGAGAGGAUGGAAUGGUACCCUGCUUUGGUCAUCUCUCCCAGCUGCAAUGACGAUGUCACAGUGAAAAAGGAUCAGUGUUUAGUUCGAUCAUUUAUUGAUUCUAAAUUUUACUCUAUAGCAAGAAAGGACAUUCAGGAACUAGACAUUCUCAAUCUACCAGAAUCUGAGCUCUGUGCUAAGCCAGGGCUGCGGAGAGCAAGUGUCUUCUUAAAAGCUAGGGUCGUUCCUGAUAAUUGGAAAAUGGAUAUAAGUGAAAUCCUUGAGUCAUCCAGCAGCGAUGACGAAGACUGCCCAGCUGAGGAAAAUGAAGAGGAGAAGGAAAAGGAGGCCAAGAAGGAAGAAGAAGAACCACCUGAGGAAGAGCUUGAUCCUGAAGAGAGGGACAACUUCCUCCAACAGCUUUAUAAGUUUAUGGAAGACAGAGGUACUCCAAUCAACAAACCACCUGUUUUGGGCUACAAAGACCUCAAUCUCUUCAAGCUCUUUAGACUGGUCUAUCAUCAGGGGGGAUGUGACAAUAUUGAUAGUGGUGCUGUAUGGAAGCAAAUUUAUAUGGACCUUGGCAUUCCAAUUUUGAACUCAGCUGCUUCCUACAAUGUAAAAACUGCUUAUAGAAAAUAUCUCUAUGGUUUUGAGGAGUACUGCCGCUCUGCAAAUAUUCAGUUCAGGACUAUUCACCACCAUGAACCAAAAGUAAAAGUGGAAAAAAAAGACUUUGAAGAAUCAAUGGAAGAGGCUCUAAAAGAGGACCAGGAAAUGCCUUUAAUGGAGGUGAAGAGUGAGCCCGAGGAGAAUACCGAUUCAAACAGUGAAAGCGACAGAGAGGAUGUAGAACUAAAGUCUCCAAGAGGGCGAAGGAAAAUUGUUCGAGAUGCAAAUUCUAUUAAAAAAGAAAUAGAAGAAGAGAAAAUAGAAGACAAAUUCAUCAAAGAUGAUACAGAAAAUAAGGAUGCCAAUGAUGACUAUGAAACAGCAGAGAAAAAAGAAAAUGAGCUGCUACUCGGGAGAAAAAGUACACCAAAGCACAAAGAGAAGAAACUUACAAAGCACGAGGAUUCUGAGAAAGACUCAGAUGAAGAGGAAGAGAAAAGCCAAGAGAGGGAAGACACUGAAAGUAAAUGUGACUCGGAAGGGGAGGAAGAUGAGGACGACACAGAGCCCUGCCUGACAGGAACCAAAGUGAAAGUGAAGUAUGGACGAGGAAAAACUCAGAAAAUUUAUGAAGCCAGCAUUAAAGGCACCGAGAUGGAUGACGGGGAGGUUUUAUACUUGGUGCAUUAUUAUGGAUGGAAUGUCAGAUAUGAUGAAUGGGUAAAGGCUGAUAGGAUAAUCUGGCCCUUGGACAAAGGUGGACCAAAGAAAAAACAAAAGAAGAAAGUUAAGAAUAAAGAAGAUAGUGAAAAGGACGAAAAGAGGGAUGAAGAGAGGCAGAAGUCAAAACGGGGAAGACCUCCUUUAAAAUCUACCUUUUCGUCAAACAUGCCAUACAGUUUAUCUAAGACGUCAAACAGUGAAGGAAAAUCAGACUCUUGUUCAUCUGAUAGUGAAACAGAAGACCCUUUGGAGAAGAGCUUGAUAAAUGAAGAACUUUCUCCUGAUAUUAAGGAAGAGUUAGAAAAAAGUGAAAAUGUAAAUGAUGAUAAACUAGAUGAAGAAAGCCCAAAGAUUGCACAUCUAUUAAAAGAAAAUGACAGGACUCAGAUGCAGCCCUUAGAGACCCUGAAGGUAGAGGUCGAAGACAAUGAUCAAAUAGUACAUAUUUUUGGAAACAAAGUAGAGCAAGUAGAAGAAAUUAAGAAGCAGGUGGAAAAGUCCCCAAAAGGGAAGGGAAGGAGGAGUAAGACGAAAGACCUUUCUUCAGAGGUAAUAAAGAUGUCAUCCCUCGGCCAGGACGAAGCAGGCAGUGAUGCUCAUGCAGACACUCAGAGCCUGGAGCUUUCCAUACUAGAAUGCAAAACCGUUUCUUCUCCUGAAGAUGAAGGGGACCAAUAUGAGAGAGAAAAAAAGUUGAAACGGAAAAUACUGGGACAGCCAUCACCAGAGAAGAAAGUAAGACUUGAGAAUGGGAUGGAAGUGACAGCUGGUGUGUCCCAAGACAGGCCCAGCGAUGGCGCUGGAGCCGAGGGCAGGAAAGGGUUACAUUUCGAGCAGCACUUUGAAACAGAAAAUGAAGGGAUGCCAUCAUUGAUAGCAGAGCCAAACCAGGGCAUCCAAGAACCACCUAGUGAAAAACUGGACAGUCCAGCUGAAGAACCUGUACAUACACCACUCAAAGAGGAGGAAGACGUGAUGCCCCUGAUUGGGCCUGAAACCUUGGUUUGCCAUGAGGUAGACUUGGAUGAUCUGGACGAAAAGGAAAAGACCAGUAUUGAGGAUGUGGUAGUUGAAAACUCUGAGUCUAACUCUGUGGUUUCUGUUCCGACUGCCCUACCUCCCGUAGCACAGCAUAACUUUUCAGUAGCUUCCCCUCUAACUCUCAGUCAAGACGAGUCCCGGAGUGUCAAGAGUGAGAGCGAUAUAACAAUUGAAGUCGAUAGCAUUGCCGAAGAGUCACAGGAAGGCCUCUGCGAAAGGGAGUCAGCGAACGGGUUUGAAGCCAGUGUUGCCCCUGGUACCUGUGGUAUAAUUGUACAAGAGAGAGAGAGCAGAGAGAAGGGUCAAAAGAGGCCAAGCGAUGGAAGUAGUGGGUUGAUGGCAAAAAAGCAAAAGCGAACCCCAAAGCGAACGAGUGCUGGAACCAAGAGUGAAAAGAAUGGGACAACAGGACAAAGCAGUGACAGUGAAGAUCUCCCUGCCAUGGACAGUUCAAGCAAAUGCACGCCAGUCAAACAUCUGAGCCUGUCCAAGCCGCAGAAGCUGGCUCGCUCCCCUGCAAGGACCUCACCUCACAUCAAAGAUGGAGAGAAAGAGAAGCACAGAGAAAAGCACCCGAAUUCAUCCCCUAGGACAUAUAAGUGGAGCUUGCAACUCAAUGAAUUAGAUAAUAUGAACAGUACAGAGAAAAUCUCUUUUCUCCAAGAAAAACUACAGGAAAUCAGAAAAUACUAUAUGUCUUUGAAGUCUGAAGUUGCAACCAUUGACAGGAGGAGGAAAAGAUUGAAAAAGAAAGAUAGAGAAGGUAAUGCGAUUUGUUUCUCUGCUCAUUUUCAGAUAUACUCAGAUAAUUUUAUAAGUUUAUCUCUCUCAGUUCAUGUGUAGUAGACACUGCUUUUA